AUGUCUGCCCCUGAAGCCGCUGCCGCUGCCCCCGUCGUUGCCCCCGUUGAGGAAGUCAAGCCUGUAGAGGCUACACCCGCUGUCGAGCCUCCCAAGGCUGAGGAGCCUGCUGUUGCUGCCCCCGUGCGUCUUUUUUCCAUUUUUGCCCCCCCCCCCCCUCUAGCAACCAGCUCACCUGCCUUUCUUUCAAAGGCCGAGACUGCUGCCCCCGCAGAGGCUGAGGCUCCCGCUGUCGCCCCUGCUGCCACCGAGGCUGAGGCUGCUGCCCCUGUUGCUGAGGAGGCCAAGGAGGAGGCUAAGCCUGCCGAAACCGAGGCAAAGAAGGAGGAGAGGCCCAAGAGCCCUAGCUUGCUCUCUAAAUUGCUCGCUCCCUUCAAGAACGACAAGAAGACCAAGGCUCCUAAGAGCCCCAAGAAGGAGAAGAAGGAUAAGGAGGCCGAGGCUGCUGCACCCGCUGCCGCUGCUGAGGAGACUCCCGCUGCCAAAGAGGAGCCUGCUGCUGCAGAGGCCCCUGUUGCUGAGGCACCCAAGGAGGAGGCCGCGGAGCCUGUCAAGGAGACCGAGACCGCCCCUGUCGCUGAGGCUGCCCCCGCUGCCGCUGCUGAGGAGGUCAAGGAGGAGAAGAAGGACGAGAAGAAGGAGGCCAAGGCUGCUAAAGUCGGCCGCCGUCUCUCCGCCCGUGUUGGCGACUUCUUCAAGGCCAAGCCCAAGGCCGCUGAGGUCAACACUCCCGCCAAAGUUGACGAGCACCCCCCCAAGAUCGAUGAGCCCGCCCCCGUGGCUCCUCUCGAGAACCCUGCCACCACUGAGGCUCCUGCUGCUGCUGCCGCUGAGCCCGAAACCAAGACGGAAGAGGCUGCUAAGCCUGUCGAGGCCGCCCCUGCUGCCACCCCUGUUGUGGCUGCUACAGCUUAA